CCAGCGCCGCUGACCCUGUCCGCCGCGGGCGGGGACGCGGGCGGAGGAGGCGCCGCCGCGGAGCCCCCGGACGCGACCAUGUCGGAGGUGCUGCCCUACGGCGACGAGAAGCUGAGCCCCUACGGCGACGGCGGCGACGUGGGCCAGAUCUUCUCCUGCCGCCUGCAGGACACCAACAACUUCUUCGGCGCGGGGCAGAACAAGCGGCCGCCCAAGCUGGGCCAGAUCGGCCGGAGCAAGCGGGUUGUUAUUGAAGAUGAUAGGAUUGAUGACGUGCUGAAAAAUAUGACAGACAAGGCACCUCCUGGUGUCUAACUCCCCCAAAGACAAUGAGUUAAGGGAGAGUAAGAACGGCGGUAACAGUUAUUGGCAAAAAGCAUGAAAAGAGAAAGCACUUUGAAAUUCAUGACUAGCUUGCUACCCACGAUGAAAUCAACAACCUGUAUCUCGUGUCAGGCCGGGAGACAGACAAGGCGUGAGAAGGAGGAGGAGAAGGCUCUGGGCUCCUCAGCAAAAAUAAAAAUUAAAAAAAAAAUUAAAAAUUUAAAAAUCACUAUAUACACACAUAUAAAGAAAUAAAAAAGAAGUCUCAGUACAGCUAUUUGUCAAAAUUAAUAUCCAUUUCCUUUUAUAUACAGUGAAUAUUGCGCAAUGAUAGAUCUGGAUUUUGAACCACUUAAAUAAUGAAGCGGCAACACCGGGUGAUUUGAGGUGUUGGCAUUCUUCACUGAUUUGGCUGUUCCCAAUGUUUACACUAUUUAAUCUUGCAAAAAUGAUUCUGUGCACUUGGAUGUGAAAUGCUGUCCGGUUUUAUUUUUUUUUUUUUAUGUUGUUAUCCUUGGAUGUAUGAAAAAUCAGCAGAUGAUCUCUAUAGAUACUAUGUUUUAUUUUGGUCAUCAUUUGAAGUUAUCAGGAAUGUGUUUAAAACAAGAAGAGAACUUUUCUAAGGAAUGAUACAAAGGAAGAAUCCUUGUUUUAUUUUCAAAUGACUUGUAAAGCUUGUGUUUCUUUGUUGCUGCAAGCUAUUUGCCCAAGUUAAUGCAAAUGGACACAUUUUAUAUGUCAGGAAAAAAAAACCCAGAAAAACAAAACAAAACAAA